GUUCGCGUCCCCAGAGAGCGAGGCGGCCGCGCGCCCCUCGGUGCAGCCCCCUCACCAACGCCCGGACGGAAGGGCGCAGGCUGGGGCCGGGCAGCCGCCUCCCGAAGAUGCAGGAUGGCCGCAGAGCCGCCGCCGUCCAGCUUCUCCUACCGCACCACGGGCUCCACCUGCUUGCACCCACUCAGCCAGCUCCUGGGCAUCCCGCUGGACCAGGUGAAUUUUGUGGCCUGCCAGCUCUUUGCCUUGUGUGCUGCCUUCUGGUUUCGCAUCUACUUAACUCCCUGUAAAACCAGUUCCAAGGUCCGCCAUGCCUUUGCCACCCUUUUGGGCAUCUAUUUCUCCAUCUUCUGUUUUGGCUGGUACUCUAUACAUCUUUUUGUGCUGGUGUUAAUGUGUUAUGGAAUCAUGGUUACUGCAAGCGUAUCUAAUGUUCACAGAUUCUCCUUCUUUGUAGCCAUGGGGUAUCUUACCAUAUGCCACAUCAGCCGAAUAUACAUCUUCCACUAUGGAAUUCUCACUACUGAUUUUUCUGGGCCCCUGAUGAUUGUCACUCAGAAGAUUACAACCUUGGCCUUCCAAGUUCAUGACGGAUCAGGUGGAAGAGCUGAAGACCUUUCUGCUGAGCAGCGGCGGCUCGCUGUAAAAGUGAAACCCACAUUUUUGGAAUACUUAAGCUACCUUCUCAAUUUCAUGAGUGUCAUAGCGGGCCCCUGCAACAAUUUCAAUGACUACGUGGCCUUCAUUGAGGGCAGACACGUGCACAUGAAGUUGCUGGAAGUCAACUGGAAGCAAAGCACUUCCUGCAGCUUCCCAGAACCUUCUCCUACUGGAGCUGUGAUACGCAAGUUAUGCAUCACCUUGGUGUCUCUCCUUUUGUUUUUGACGCUCACGAAGACCUUCCCUGUCACCUGCCUUAUUGAUGACUGGUUUGUCCAUGAAGCAAACUUUUUGACUCGACUCUUCUACUUAUAUGUUGUCACGCAAGCCUCAAAGCCCAAAUAUUACUUUGCGUGGACGUUGGCUGACGCAGUCAAUAAUGCAGCUGGCUUUGGGUUCAGCGGAGUGGAUAAGAAUGGAGAUUUCUGUUGGGAUCUGCUUUCUAACCUAAACAUCCGGAAAAUAGAGACUGCCACAAGUUUCAAGAUGUACUUAGCAAACUGGAAUAUUCAGACAGCUGCUUGGCUAAAAUGCGUGUGCUAUGAGCGGGUUCCGUGGUACCCCACGGUGCUAACCUUCGUCCUGUCUGCUUUGUGGCAUGGGGUCUACCCUGGAUACUAUUUUACCUUCCUAACUGGAGUCCUGGUCACAUCAGCAGCUAGAGCGGUGAGGAACAAUUGCAGACAUUACUUCUUGUCUUCCCGAGCUGCCAAGGGCAUUUACGAUGUGGUCACCUGGACUGUCACUCAGCUAGCCGUCUCUUACACCGUCGCGCCCUUCAUCUUGUUGGCAGUUGAGCCAACCAUCAGUUUAUACAGGUCCAUGUAUUUUUAUUUACACAUCAUAAGUCUCCUGAUAAUACUAUUUCUUCCAGCCAAGCCACAAGCUCACACUCAGAGGCAACCUCAGACUCUGAAUUCUCGUAAUAAAGAGAAAACAUACUGAUACCUCCAAGAAAAUCCAAACAAGUGCAACUGCAACACGUGUGAAAGAUGAGAUGUGGAGGCUCAAGGAUGGUCCAGCCACUCAGAGGCGAUGUUUACAUGUGUCUUUUUUUUUUUUUUUUUAAGUGCAGGGAGUGUGUUUAAAUAGCCUUUUUGUACAAUUAAAUGGGGCUUGUCCAGUUUACUGGUUUGCAUAGUCUACAGGACGUUUGAGUGAUUUAGAGGUGUGAGAGCACGUGCCAGAGCUUCAGACUCUGGGCAUUCUGAGACGCAGGGCUAAGUGGUACUGGUCACUGAAAUCCGAAACUGUAUGUUUCCAGCCUCUGAACUCUGCAUGCGGGGCACACAGGCGUUGGCUCCAGAAGUGACAAGAUGAUUGCAAAGAAGACUUGGUGUAGGCGUCUUCAAUCAGAGCAUCUUCAUAAGCGGAUGCCCUGGACUGUGUCAUCACUGGUUUGCAGACACAGUAACUGUGCCCAGAAUGCCAUGGAGAAAGGCGAUUGUGCCGGGAGGUUUCCCCCGGUAUUGAGAACUCUACGAGCCGAGAGCAUGAGGCCUACAUGCUUGAAUGGACUGAAAGUCAGACCUGCCCUCAAAUAGGCUGUGUGCUUUGUGUUUUGUUCCAGGAAUGUGACCCUUCAGCUCCGACCCCCCACCCCCUGUUUUUUGUUCUGAACUGAGCCGUGGUUGGAAAUCAGGAAGUUCCCCUUACAUGCAUACCAGGAGCCUUGGAAGGCUGCUGUUUGCUGAAUGUUUUCCAUUUCACAAGUGCCCUCUGCUUGCCCAGGGAUGACCCAGAGAAGACACCCAGCACAGUGCCUUUGGAAGAAAUAUUUUUUUUUAAAGUGACUUAAGGUGAAAUAGAAGCUUGUUAAGAAGAAGCAGAUGUCUCCCUCUUCUCUCCCCCCACCGUGUGGAGGUGGUGAGGAUUAUGGCCAUGACGUCCAUAUGGGCUGAUUUUCAUUUUUCCUGCUUCACCGCUGAUGAAGUCCAGCUUUGUUUCAGUGGGAUCAUCAUAUUGGAAAACAGAAAUUGAAAGACAGGUAUCUGUCUUUGUUCUGAACGGGCUUUGGCUCCUUUGGAGGACUUCAGUUGGGCAAUAUUCUACAUGGGAGAAGGAACCGUAGUAGUAAAUGUUGUGGAAAAUAAUAAUGAUAAUAAUAAAAUAUGCUGCAUUGAUGUGCCCUCAAUCAGAUGGCUUGGGAGGAGAAAAAUUUGUUGGAGUCAGAUGGUGAAUAGUUUCUUACUGAAUAAAUAGUAUGUUUCUACAA